UUUUUCCCUAGGAGAGUAUGUCCCUUCGGUUGAACAACCAUGGAUAUUGUUUCAUUAAUCUCAAAAGAUCAAAAAAGGUUUAAAUUCUAUUUAACCGAUCUAAUUUUAAUGAAUGCAUCAUACUCCUCGCCGAUGUUCGGCUUUUUACUCGUCCCCGUCAAGCGGAACUGACCGAAGCUCCUCCAUGUCAAAGAUUGCCUCUUCCCCAUGCAACCGAUCCCGGACCGAUAUGAUAUGGUGUGGUACAAGGCGAAAAAUCAUAAAUACUUUCAAAAUCCGGAUAUAACCUUCCACUCUAUCAAACAAUCGUAUAUCAUCGCCAUCAUUGACUGAUUAGCAAUGGUCGAGAAUAAGCCCGCCAGAGCGGCUGCCGUGCGGCUGCCAGUGAUCAACAUCUCAAAAGCCACACCCGCCGUUGGAAAGGCUAUGAUCGAUGCGGCAACUAAAUAUGGCUUUUUCUAUGUGGAUAGUGCCAGCAGUUAUUUCUCAAGUGACGAUGUAGAGGGCGCGUUUGCUAUGGCCCGGGAGUUCUUUGCUUCUCCUUAUGAAGAAAAAGCUGUGGUUGCGAUUGGUACAAAUAAUAGGGGCUGGUCUGGCAUGCAUGCGGAAACGCUUGACCCCAAACAUCAACAGAGAGGCGAUUUCAAAGAAGCAAUGAACUUUGGCGAAUUCAAAGAUAACAAGCCCCAGCAGGAGCUGCCUAAAUCGCUUGUUCACCACGAAGCCGAGUUAGCAUGCUUCAUGGACCUAUGUCGAAAGACAUGUAAUCGGAUUCUCGCCCUCCUAGCCCUAGGCUUAGAUAUCCCCGAAAACUGGUUUACAUCCCGUCACGACCCCGCCGUCGGGCCGUCUGGCUGCACCUUCCGCUUCCUCUACUACCCUUCAAUCGACUCACCUGCUUCCUCAACCUUCAAGCACGGCGUUGACGUCCGCGCCGGGGCCCACAGCGACUACGGCAGUAUCACCCUCCUAUUCCAGCGAGAUGGCCAGCCAGGGUUAGAAAUCCUUACGCCGACGGGGGGAUGGGCGCCUGUACCUGUUCGGCCUGCUGUUUCUGGCAGUGACAGUGGCAGUGGCGCGGAUGCGAUAUUCCCACCCAUACUGAUAAACAUUGGUGAUCUGCUGAGUUUCUGGACGGCUGGGCUGUUGAAAUCUACGGUACAUCGAGUUGUGUUUCCACAGGAGUUGCAGCAACAGCAACAGCAGCAGCAGCAGGGAGUUGAGAUGGAUGAAGGCGACCGAAGCCGUGAUAGGUAUAGCAUGGCAUAUUUCUGUCAUCCGGUGAAUAACACGGAGCUUGUGCCUGUUCCUAGCCAGCUCGUUGAGGAGCGGAGGAAGCAGAAUAUGAUGUCUACGACGGACGGCAGGCAGCGACUGGGAGAUAAUGGUGGUAAUAGUGGUGAUGCUGGGGAAGUUCCUUUGACUGCGAGAGAGCAUUUGGCGGGGAGGUUGGCGGCGACAUAUGGCGGGUUGAAGGAGGAGUAUCAGUGAUUUUUAUCUUUUUUUUCUCUAACAUCUAGCGUCUCGGGCUAUGAUUGAAUGGAUCUGCUUCUUUCAUCCUGUAGCUCAGAGUUUCUAUCUCAGUAUUCAUAGCCCAACUGCAACCAUCCCAAAUCCAUACGACAUGGCUUUUCCCCUUUUCUCGCACACGUCCUUUCGUGGCUUUUUGGAAAUUGUGAAAUACGACAAUAAAAUCUAUCCAACACGAUCUAAAUCUGUAGAUGCAUUUAGAACCCCAUUGCGGCCAAGGCGACAAAAGCUUAAUUUUAGUAGGUUUGCCAUAAGCCAUUCAUAAUCUCAGUACAAC